AUGAAGCGACCUAGUAAAAGCAUUCUAGCAUUCGAAGUCGCGAAAACACAACAUUAUUCUUCAACAUGUGAUGAGAACGUGGCAUGGAUUAAUUCAUUUUCCCAUUACCAUCCGCCUCAAUAUACGGAACAUGUAUGCGGGACAACGGAAGGAAAAAUCACGUUCCAGAAGCCGUGGUUCCGUCGUGGUACAUUAUCUGUACCCCACGCGGGGAAUAUGGGUCCGUUAGAGCGUUAUCUGUCAAGUCCAUCUCGUGUGCAGGUUGAUUCCAUAACAGUCAUGAUUUUCGUGAUCGGACGAUAUGGACACAGAAGAAGAUAUGACAGGGAAGAUCGGGACGGGUUCCUAGGUUUUUUUGGACGAUAG